UGCCCAGCCGGGACAAGCCUGGCCCUUUAAGGCUGACCUAGCGGGGCCCCAAGUACGGAUGACGCGCCGAGAAGGGGGUGGGGGUCACGUGGGACGCGGGCGGCGAGACUCUGGGUCCAGGGCUCCCCUCGGCAGCGGACUCCAGGGAUCACUAUCUCCUGCCCGUCUCGCCUGCAGCAUGAUUUCCGUCUAGUGCUUUGCCACCAAGUGUGCCUUCGCCUGGUCCGCCUUUCCUGCGCCCCUGUAUGGCCGGCUCUCAAGACCUGGCUGCUACACAGCGCCGGACUCCUUCCUAACUCGACACGUGCCUGGGCUGAGGGAUCGCCUCCCCCUGCUGCACGUGCCUCUGGACGCGCCAGGCUGGGCCUACCUCCGAGCGCCCCGUGGGGGCCAUGGAUGGCGAGACAGCAGGGGAGAAGGGGAGUCUUGUGCUCCCACCAGGUGCGCUCGGUGGGCCCGCCUUGGGCGGUGCUCCGGCCCCAGGAGUGCGACGGGAACCGAAGAAGUACGCGGUGACUGAUGACUAUCAGUUGUCCAAGCAAGUGCUGGGUCUGGGUGUGAACGGCAAGGUACUGGAGUGCUACCAUCGGCGCUCUGGGCAGAAGUGUGCCUUGAAGCUCCUGUAUGACAGCCCCAAGGCCCGGCAGGAGGUGGACCACCACUGGCAGGCCUCGGGCGGCCCCCACAUCGUGCGCAUCCUGGACGUGUAUGAGAACAUGCAUCACGGCAAGCGCUGCCUCCUCAUCGUCAUGGAAUGCAUGGAGGGCGGUGAGCUAUUCAGCAGGAUUCAGGAGCGAGGUGACCAGGCUUUCACUGAGAGAGAGGCUGCAGAGAUAAUGCGGGACAUUGGCACUGCCAUCCAGUUCUUGCACAGCCAGAACAUUGCCCACCGAGAUGUCAAGCCUGAAAACCUACUCUAUACAUCCAAGGAGAAGGAUGCUGUACUCAAACUCACCGAUUUUGGCUUUGCCAAGGAAACCACCCAAAAUGCCCUCCAGACACCCUGUUACACCCCCUAUUAUGUGGCUCCUGAGGUCCUGGGUCCAGAGAAGUAUGACAAGUCGUGCGAUAUGUGGUCAUUGGGCGUCAUCAUGUACAUCCUUUUGUGUGGAUUUCCACCCUUCUACUCCAACACUGGCCAGGCCAUCUCUCCAGGAAUGAAGAGAAGGAUUCGCUUGGGCCAGUAUGGCUUCCCUAAACCUGAAUGGUCAGAAGUCUCUGAGGAUGCCAAGCAGUUAAUCCGCCUGCUCCUGAAGACAGAUCCCACAGAGAGGCUGACCAUCAUGCAGUUCAUGAACCAUCCUUGGAUCAACCAAUCAAUGGUGGUCCCACAGACUCCACUCCACACAGCCCGAGUGCUACAGGAAGACAAAGACCACUGGGAUGACGUCAAGGAAGAGAUGACCAGCGCCCUGGCCACUAUGCGAGUAGACUAUGACCAGGUGAAGAUCAAGGACCUGAAGACCUCUAACAACCGACUCCUCAACAAGCGGAGGAAAAAGCAGGCAGGCAGUUCCUCAGCCUCACAAGGAUGCAACAAUCAGUAACACGUGGUGCCUUAGAGGAGCCAGACUGACAGACUGUAAUGUCCUGAGGCUUUGGCCAGGAGGGGCUGGACUCAUUCUUAUAACAAAAAGGAUAAUUUUGUUGUUUUAUGUGUCACAUUGAACUUGAGGAUAAAGAGCUUGGCCCAAGAGUCCCAGCCUGAGUCUCAGCUCUAGCAAGCUGCUGUCCUCAGGGACGGGACCCCUCUGCUGCAGCGGGAGCAACUUUGCACACUGACUAGGCUGAAGGCCCAGCUCAGUUUUGCCUUAAGAUGCAGCCUUACUUCUAGGCCACUGGGAGUAGUGACAGAUCUACCCUUUUUCUAUAAAGGAUGUAUCCUGCUGUGUGGGCAGAUGGGGCUGGCCUUGAGGAAGGUAUUGGGCCAUUGGUUGCUAUGGUGACCAGAGGCCAUGUUGCUGUCUGAGAAUACUGAACAAAGGAGGAAGGAGCGACAAUCCAGGGUCUACCUUCUUGGGGAGGUUUGUUGUUCUCCUGGCUCAGGCCUCUUUGGUCUGCCAGAGGCUGCAGAGUCCCGUUUUUGCUUACUUUCCUGGGUGGUUCAGUCCUGCCUUACUGUUAGCAAGAGCCCAUGUUAACACUCAGAGAAUCGGGGGGGGGGGGGGGGGGGGGGGGGGCUCGGGGCAAGUGUCCUCUCGUUACCCCUUGAUCUAAAAGGUAACUUCUCAUCUCAACUGAAGGUGUGGAUAUGUAUGCUGGGGGUGGGUAUCCUUAACUUUUUUCCAUUUUGGAAACUUCACUGUGACAAAAGUUCCCAUCUCUUCCUGCUCACCAGAUCUCAGGUAGGACAGCCAGUCUCUGCUGAGAGCACCGGCUGCCUUUGGGUUUACUUUUGUGAACGGGCGUGCUUGCCUCCUUGUUACCCAGGACCCCCCCCCCCCCACUCUGGAUCAGACCUGGGUGGUGAAGGACUGCCGAGCCAUGCUUACAAGGUCUGGUCCUGGCUUUAGCCUGAGUCGGAACAGAGAGGGUUUUCCUUGGCUGACCCCAGAUUCAGCCAGCUCUGCCCUGUCCUGCCCAGGGUAGCAUCCAGGUGCUGAGAGGUUGAUUGGUGACCCAGAAAGUGCCUGGCACCUAGCCAACUUCCUAGAUCCUAGAUCCUGGCCCUUCUCACUGGCUGGGGAACCUUAGAUCUUAUCGACUACAACAGUGCUGCUGGGUUUUAUAUUCAGAUAUUAAUAAACACAUUUUCAAUGA